AUGUUUAUUUAUAAUCCAAUACGAAUUCAAUUUGAACAAUUAAAAAAUCAGUCAGUUAAUGAUCUUCAAUGUCCAUGUAGUAAAGUUGCUAUUAAAUAUUCAGAAUUUAUUAAUUUUGAUGCUACAUAUCAUCAAUUAUGUUCAAGUGUAUUUGUUACGAAUUUAUGGUACAAUGGUUAUGAAAUUUGGAAUAUUUCUGAACCUUGUAUUUUUCCAUCAUUUGCAAAUUUAGCAUUUUAUUAUUUUUCUCUCUUGUCUACAUUUUGUCAAUCAGCAAAUAAAACAAUAUUAAAUAGUCUAAUUCAAUUUUAUGCAUUAGAAUAUAUUACAUCAGAUGUUGUUUUAGAAAAUCAAUUUAAUAAUGAAGUGAUAUCAAUUAUUGAAUUAUUUAAAAUAAGAACACAAAGUUCAUUUAGAGGACAAUGGAAUUUAAUACAAAGUGUUAUUUUUAAUAAUCAAUUAGCAACUGUAAGACGAACAAAUGUUAUUUUUCAUGCACAAUUUAUCGGAAAUACUACUGAAAUGUAUUCAAAUAUAGUAGAACAUAAUAAUUGUACAUGUGGAACUAAUUCAAUGUGUCAUGAAAAUAUUGCAUUUUGUAACGAUGGUAAAUUAGACUAUAUCAUAGGUAUGUAUAUCGGUUGUUAUAUGGUAGAUUCAUUAUUAAGAUCAACUACAGAAUGUUUCUUUGAUGAAACAUGUAUAAAUAUAAUUAAAUCGUAUGUUAUACAGUCUACAGAAUUAUAUCAACAAUUAAAUAUAUUAAAUAUUUCUGAAAUAAGUCAAUAUAAAAGAAAUGAAACAAUUGAAAUAAUUGUUGAUAAUCUUUUUAUUGAAAAUUGGAAUGAAUUUUAUUCUUAUGAUAAUUAUUAUAAACAAUGUAAACCAUUAUUUUGUUCGUAUACUAUUCAAGUAAAACCUAAUUAUAUAUAUAUAUUAACAAGAUUACUUAGUGUAUAUGCUGGAUUAACAAUUGUUAUACGUUUUUUAGUUCAAAAUAUUGUUAAUUUAAUUAGACGACAAAAAAAUCAACAAUCAGCUAUUUCAAUAUCAAAUCGAAUAUAUCUAUUCUUUCAAAUAACUAAAACAAAAUUGUUGAACUUAAAUUUAUUUCAAGAUCGUUCAACUAAUCAUGAAAAAAUUCGAAAACAAAUUUGGACAACUCGAUUAUAUUUAGUUAUCUUCAUUAUUAUAUUAUUUAUAUUAGUUUUAUAUACUUCAUUAAAUAAAAAAUCCAUAAAUAUUAAUGUACAAUUGUCAAGUUUAACUCAAUAUCAACAAUUAGAAAUAAAAUAUAAAUCUACUUUAACUUGUCCAUGUGAUAGAAUUUCAAUUGAAUAUAAAGAAUUUAUUGAACUUAAAGUAUCGUAUCAUGAAGUUUGUACAUCAGAUUUUAUUAGUCAACAAUGGUUUGAUUAUUUAUAUAAUAAGCAAAGAAUAAAUGAUAGAAAUUUUCUUGCAACAGCAUCAAUUCAAUUUCAAGUUCUUGCAUCUUUAUGUAAAUUAACACAAGAAACUAUUAAUAUUAGUUUAACACAAUUUUAUUCAACAAAAUUUAUUAGUGGUCAAUUAAAUUUAAAUGAAACAUUUCAAAAACAAAUUAAUUCAAUUCUUAAAAUAUUUCAAAGAUCAAUAUCACAAACUUUUAAAAGAACAUUAGAUAUGAUUCAUGAAGUUAUUCAUGGAAAUUUUUAUAUGACAAUUUUUCAAACAAAUUGGAAAUUUACUGUUUUAGAAAGAAAACGAUUCUCUCCAUUUUAUACAAAUCCUCUUACAUAUAAUAAUUCAUGUAAUUGUGGAACAUCAUCAAAAUGUUCUGAAAAAGUUAUACUUAAUAAUUCAAUCAUAGAUGGUUUAGUUAUUGGUUGUUAUCCAUUUGAAUCAAUGUUACAAUCAUCACUUCAAUGUUUAUAUAAUCAAACAUGUUUAGAAUUAAUUUUAUUAUAUUUUAAAGUACAAUCUGAUAACAUUACAUUUAAUAUACUUUCAUCUAUAAAUCAAUAUGGUAUUGAUGAAAAAGUUGAACAUAUGGUUGAUCGAUUAUUCGUUGAUCAAUGGUAUAUUGAUUAUUCUUAUGAAAAAUAUUUUCAACAAUGUUAUCCAACAUUUUGUACUUAUUCUUAUAUACAAUAUUUUAAUAUAUUUUAUAUUAUAACAACUAUUCUAAGUUUAUAUAGUGGAUUGACUAUUACAUUAACACUUAUUAUUCCAUUUAUUAUUCAUAUUCUAUUUCGAUUAUUUUAUAGAAGAAAAACAUUUAUUACUCCAUUGUCUCAAACAUUUAAUCAAAAUAUAGAUUGA